AGGCGGUGCGCCGGGCGUCUUCUCCCCUUCCUCUGCUGUGUCCCCUUGGCUGCGGGGACCGGCCAUGGGGCUGCUCCAGGUGUUCGCUUUCAGUUUCUUAGCCCUGUGCGGAGCCGGAGUGCGCGCUCAAGAACCGGAGUUCAGCUAUGGCUGCGCGGAAGGCAGCUGCUACCCAGCCACCGGCGACCUUCUCAUAGGCAGAGCACAGAGACUUUCGGUGACCUCGACGUGUGGGCUGCACAAACCCGAGCCCUACUGUAUCGUCAGCCACCUACAGGAGGACAAAAAAUGCUUCAUAUGUAAUUCCCAAGAUCCUUAUCAUGAGACCCUCAAUCCUGACAGCCAUCUCAUUGAAAAUGUGGUCACUACAUUUGCUCCAAACCGCCUUAAGAUUUGGUGGCAAUCUGAAAAUGGCGUGGAAAAUGUUACUAUCCAACUGGAUUUGGAAGCAGAAUUCCACUUUACUCAUCUCAUAAUGACUUUCAAGACAUUCCGUCCAGCUGCGAUGCUGAUAGAACGAUCGUCCGACUUUGGGAAGACCUGGGGCGUGUACAGAUACUUUGCCUAUGACUGCGAGAGCUCGUUUCCCGGCAUUUCAACUGGCCCCAUGAAAAAAGUUGAUGAUAUAAUUUGUGAUUCUCGAUAUUCUGACAUUGAACCCUCAACCGAAGGAGAGGUGAUAUUUCGUGCUUUAGAUCCUGCUUUCAAAAUAGAAGAUCCUUAUAGCCCAAGGAUACAGAAUCUAUUAAAAAUCACCAACUUGAGGAUCAAGUUUGUAAAACUGCAUACUUUGGGAGAUAACCUUUUGGAUUCCAGAAUGGAAAUCAGAGAAAAGUACUAUUAUGCAGUUUACGAUAUGGUGGUUCGAGGAAACUGUUUCUGCUAUGGCCAUGCCAGCGAAUGUGCCCCCGUGGAUGGAGUCAGUGAAGAAGUUGAAGGAAUGGUACAUGGACAUUGCAUGUGCAGGCAUAAUACCAAGGGCUUAAACUGUGAACUGUGCAUGGAUUUCUACCAUGAUUUACCCUGGAGACCUGCCGAAGGUCGAAAUAGCAACGCCUGUAAAAAGUGUAACUGCAAUGAACAUUCCAGCUCAUGCCACUUCGACAUGGCCGUCUACCUGGCCACUGGGAACGUCAGCGGGGGCGUGUGUGAUGACUGUCAGCACAACACCAUGGGGCGCAGCUGUGAGCUGUGCAAACCCUUUUACUACCAGCACCCAGAGAGGGACAUCCGAGAUCCUAAUGUCUGUGAACCAUGCACAUGUGACCCGGCUGGUUCUCAGAAUGAGGGAAUUUGUGAUAGUUAUACUGAUUUUUCUGCCGGUCUCAUUGCUGGGCAGUGUCGGUGUAAGUUAUACGUGGAAGGAGAACAUUGUGAUGUGUGCAAAGAAGGCUUCUAUGGCUUAAGUGCUGAGGAUCCGUUUGGUUGUAAAUCUUGUGCUUGUAAUCCUCUGGGAACAAUUCCUGGUGGAAAUCCUUGUGAUUCUGAGACAGGACAUUGCUACUGCAAGCGUCUGGUGAUGGGACAACAUUGUGACCAGUGUCUGCCAGAGUACUGGGGCUUAAGCAACGAUUUGGAUGGAUGUCGACCUUGUGACUGUGACCUUGGGGGAGCACUGAACAAUAGCUGCUCGGCUGAGUCAGGCCAGUGCUCGUGUCGGCCGCACAUGAUCGGACGCCAGUGCAACGAAGUGGAAUCUGGUUACUACUUUACCACCUUGGAUCACUACCUCUAUGAAGCAGAAGAAGCUAAUUUGGGGCCUGGGGUCAGCAUAGUGGAGCGGCAGUAUAUCCAGGACCGGAUUCCCUCCUGGACCGGAGCCGGCUUCGUCCGCGUGCCCGAAGGGUCCUAUCUGGAGUUUUUCAUUGACAACAUACCAUAUUCCAUGGAGUAUGAUAUCCUGAUUCGCUAUGAGCCACAGCUACCUGACCACUGGGAAAAAGCUGUCAUCACAGUGCAGCGACCUGGAAAGAUUCCAACCAGCAGCCGAUGUGGCAACACUGUUCCCGAUGACGACAACCAGGUGGUGUCAUUAUCUCCAGGCUCGAGAUAUGUCGUCCUUCCCCGCCCAGUGUGCUUUGAGAAGGGUGUGAACUACACGGUGAGGCUGGAGCUGCCCCAGUACACCUCCUCUGACAGCGCCGUGGAGAGCCCCUACACGCUGAUCGAUUCCCUCGUCCUCAUGCCCUACUGCAAAUCGCUGGACAUCUUCACUGUGGGAGGCUCAGGAGACGGGGUGGUCACCAACAGUGCCUGGGAAACCUUUCAGAGAUACCGAUGCUUGGAGAACAGCAGAAGCGUUGUGAAAACACCCAUGACAGAUGUUUGCAGAAACAUCAUCUUCAGCAUUUCUGCCCUGUUACACCAGACGGGCCUGGCUUGCGAAUGUGACCCUCAGGGUUCCUUAAGUUCCGUGUGUGACCCUAAUGGAGGCCAGUGUCAGUGCCGGCCAAAUGUGGUUGGAAGAACCUGCAACAGAUGUGCACCUGGAACCUUCGGCUUCGGCCCCAGUGGGUGCAAAGCUUGUGAGUGUCAUCUGCAAGGCUCUCUCAAUGCCUUCUGUGAUCCUGUCACUGGCCAGUGCCACUGUUUCCAGGGAGUGUAUGCUCGGCAGUGUGACCGGUGCUUACCCGGGCACUGGGGCUUUCCCAGUUGCCAGCCCUGCCAGUGUAAUGGCCAUGCUGAUGACUGCGACUCAGUGACAGGGGAGUGCUUGAGCUGCCAGGACUACACCACAGGUCAUAACUGCGAAAGGUGCUUGGCUGGUUACUAUGGUGACCCCAUCAUCGGGUCGGGAGAUCACUGCCGCCCUUGCCCUUGCCCGGAUGGUCCUGAUAGCGGACGCCAGUUUGCCAGGAGCUGUUAUCAAGAUCCUGUUACUUCACAGCUUGCAUGCGUGUGUGAUCCUGGAUACAUUGGCUCCAGGUGUGACGACUGUGCUUCUGGGUUCUUUGGCAAUCCCUCGGUUGUGGGGGGCUCAUGUCAGCCUUGCCAGUGCCACCACAACAUUGACACGACAGACCCGGAAGCCUGUGACAAGGACACUGGGAGGUGCCUCAAGUGCCUGUACCACACAGAAGGAGAGCAUUGCCAGCUCUGCCGUUUUGGGUACUAUGGCGACGCCCUCCAGCAGGACUGCAGAAAGUGUGUCUGCAAUUACCUGGGCACCAUGCAGGAGCACUGCAACGGCUCUGACUGCCAGUGUGACAAAGCCACGGGCCAGUGCUUGUGUCUUCCUAACGUGAUCGGGCAGAACUGUGACCGCUGUGCGCCCAAUACCUGGCAGCUGGCCAGUGGCACUGGAUGUGACCCGUGCAACUGCAACGCUGAGCAUUCCUUUGGGCCUUCUUGUAAUGAGUUCACGGGGCAGUGCCAUUGCAUGCCUGGGUUUGGAGGCCGCACCUGCAGCGAGUGCCAGGAGCUGUUCUGGGGAGACCCCGACGUGGAGUGCCGAGCCUGUGACUGUGACCCCAGAGGCAUCGAGAUACCACAGUGUGACCAGUCUACGGGCCAGUGUGUCUGCGUCGAGGGUGUUGAGGGUCCCCGCUGUGACAAGUGUACUCGAGGGUACUCCGGGGUCUUCCCCAACUGCACACCCUGCCACCAGUGUUUUGCUCUCUGGGAUGUGAUCAUUGCCGAGUUGACCAAUAGGACCCACAGAUUCCUGGAGAAAGCCAAAGCCUUAAAGAUCAGUGGUGUGAUCGGGCCUUACCGGGAAACUAUGGACUCAGUGGAGAAGAAGGUCGGAGAGAUAAAAGACAUCCUGGCACAGAGCCCGGCCGCAGAGCCACUGAAAAACAUUGGGAAUCUCUUCGAGGAAGCAGAGAAACUAACCAAAGAUGUUACAGUAAGGAUGGCUGAAAUAGAAGAGAAAUUGUCUGACACAGCUUCCCAAAGCAACAGCACAGUCAAAGAACUAGAUUCUCUACAGACAGAAGCAGAAAGCCUGGAUAAGACCGUGAAGGAACUUGCUGAACAACUGGAACUUAUCAAAAACUCAGAUAUUCGGGGCGCGUUGGAUAGCAUUACCAAGUAUUUCCAGAUGUCUCUGGAGGCAGAGGAGAGGGUUAAUGCCUCCACCAUAGGACCCAAGAGCAGUGUGGAUCAGUCGGCUCUCACUAGAGACAGAGUAGAAGACUUGAUGUUGGAGCACGAGUCCCCGUUCAGGGAGAAACAAGAGGAGCAGGCCCGCCUUCUCGAUGAACUGGCAGGCAAACUGCAAAGCCUCGACCUUUCAGCUGCUGCAGAAAUGACUUGUGGAACACCUCCAGGGGCCUCCUGUUCUGACACUGAAUGUGGUGGCCCAAACUGCAGAACUGAUGAAGGACAGAAGAAGUGUGGGGGGCCCGGCUGUGGUGGUCUGGUCACUGUUGCACACAGUGCCUGGCAGAAGGCCAUGGACUUUGACCGAGAUGUCCUGAGUGCCCUGGCUGAAGUGGAACAGCUCUCCAAGAUGGUAAUUCAGUGGAUGGCCUCAGUUGCUGUUACUUUUUUGUGCUUGAUAACCAGUAAGUGGAUGAGUGACCCAUCUAUGACUUUUCACCUGUUUACGGGGCCAUCUUUGCUUUCCACAGAGGAUAGUGCUGAUUUGGACAGCAUUGAAGCAGUUGCUAAUGAAGUAUUGAAAAUGGAAAUGCCUAGCACCCCACAGCAGUUGCAGAACUUGACGGAAGAGAUACGUGAACGAGUUGAAAGCCUUUCUCAAGUAGAGGUUAUUCUACAGCAAAGUGCUGGUGACAUUGCCAGAGCUGAGUUGUUGCUAGAAGAAGCUAAGAUUGCCAGCAAAAGUGCGACAGAUGUUAAAGUCACUGCUGAUAUGGUAAAGGAAGCUCUGGAAGAAGCAGAAAAGGCUCAGAUUGCAGCAGAGAAGGCAAUUCAGCAAGCAGAUGAAGACAUCCAAGGAACCCAGAACCUGCUAACUUCAAUUGAGUCUGAAACAGCAGCUUCUGAGGAAACGCUGUUCAGUGCCUCCCAGCGCAUCAGUGAGCUAGAGAGGAAUGUGGAAGAACUUAAGCGGAAGGCUGCCCAGAACUCUGGGGAGGCAGAAUAUAUUGAAAAAGUGGUAUAUACCGCCAAACAAAGUGCAGAAGAUGUUAAACAGACUUUAGAUGGUGAAGUUGAUGAAAAGUACAAGAAAGUAGAAAAUUUAAUUGCCAAAAAAACUGAAGAGUCAGCUGAUGCAAGGAGGAAAGCUGAAAUGCUACAAAAUGAAGCAAAAACACUUCUGGCUCAAGCAAACAGCAAGCUCCAACUGCUGAAAGAUUUAGAAAGAAAAUAUGAGGACAAUCAAAAGUAUUUAGAAGAUAAAGCUCAAGAAUUAGUGAGAUUAGAAGGAGAAGUCCGUUCACUCCUAAAGGAUAUAAGCCAGAAAGUUGCUGUUUAUAGCACUUGCUUAUAGGGCUAUAACAUGGCUGAAGUGAUCAAACUAAAAUAGCUACAUUUUUAAAAUUGAUUUAAUGAUCUUCAAAAUAAAACUCAUUACCUAUUUAAUGUUUUUAAUCACCAAAUUUUUGUAUCAAGUUAAAUAAAAUACAGUGCUUUUGUAUA